AUGAUUCGAGAUCAGAGUUGUCUAAUCACUGUUGGGAGUGUGUCAGUGAAGCUCCGUCUUCCACAGGACCAAGUGACAUCAUCCUUUCGUCCUAUUGUGUAUUUACGAGCAGGUGGGGAACGCUUUCAUCCAUACUGCCUGACACUUUUCGCAUUGCGCGAGCUCUGUUUCAGCUUGUUUAAUAUCCCCUUCCAGAUCGACUGGGGCACUUCGGACGAUGCUGACACCUUCAUCUCCUCCCACGUGUUCUUCAACAAGAACCCAACAGUGUGCGACAUCACUGAAUUUGAUGAGGUACCGAGGCAUCGCACUGUUGCAAUCGACGAAGACAGUUCCGUGGACUCUCCAGUUGCUGGUGGAUUGUUUCUAACACAGGCAGAUGAUGCAAGCAAAGAGGACGAUGUGCAAGAAGAUGACGCCAGCGAUGAUGGUUGUGUGGCAGGAGAGUCAGUACUGAACUGCUACUUUCACGUCACCCAUGCCUUUGCGCAAAAAAAGAGCUAUGUCAAAAAGAUGCGAAGUCCAGAGUUUGCGAAGAGUGUUGCCUUUCGUCACGUUAGCAACAUCGCGAAGACGAAAACUCCAGAGCAGAGAAGAACGGUGACGCAACUCUACCUCAAUGACUGGAGAAACAAUCGAGGUGAGAAGGCUGCCGCCGAUCACUUGCAGAAAGAAUACUGCGUCCAUCCAAAAUGGAAUUGGAAUUAUUGCUGCACAGGAGAAGUAGGGGUAUACCCCUCCAAUUGUCCUAAUGAGGCCUUCAACAAGCACGGAAUCAAGGGCAUUGGUGCCGAUUGUCCGAAGAACGCUUCGCUUUGUUCCUUUUUGGUACACACAGCUCCGAAUCUUUUGAAAGCAGAUGCAUUCGAACGAUCUGACCCUUGCACAAUCGAGAUUCCCAAGACUUGUUCUGUUCUGGCAGUUGGACUUACAGGGUUUGUCCGCGAAGGGAUUGAUGUUGUUGGUAUCGGUAGCAACGAGUCCGGUGGACCUUCAAGCUGGUUGUCGAAUUUACGACAUCGCAUUGGGAUACCCUUGGAUGAACAGCGAAUCAAUCUCAUUCGCGCAGCCUACGAUGGAGACGAACGUCCUUUUUUGGCUAUUAUGAAGCAACGCGGCAACAAGAACCCACGAGAAGACGCAAUUGCUGAUGAGAUGAUGUCAGUGACGAAGUCCAUCUGUCACCUAAGCUGGCACAGUGGGAAUAUUGUAGGUGACUGUGAAGACUGCGUGAAGCAUCUGGGUUACAGUUGUCCUGGAGCAGUGUGGUUACGUAGCUCGCAUGGGCUACUGCAUGCCAGUGUGAACACUCUAACGAAGACAUCAGCGAAUGCUAGUGGGUCAGUGGCGAAAUCUGAUUCACGGGGAAACUGGCGUCUUCUUUACGAGAGUGGACUUUCUACAAGAAACAAGCGACGAUGUCUUCCGAAAAUGUUGCAUGGUUUCGAAGACUAUCUGUCUACUCUGAACAGAGGCCAGUUGUGUCGACUGAUCUGGUACCUUCGCCUUGCACCAAGAGAUGUAACUGUUGACGAUUUUAUCAAGGGCAAGACGCAGCAAGAUCUCUUUGACUUGCUCAUUCAAUUCUAUGACAACCAAAGCAAAUUUCGUGGCAUGCUACGCAACACGAAUGGUACCACAACGCCUUAUGAGGUCGUGAAGACUUUGGCGACGAAGAUGCAAACUGCAGAGGCCACAGCAACGUACAAUCAAAAAGAGAACGUACACAAUGCUUAA